GUGAACAGCAAAGAUCACAACUUAACGCUCCACAUGUUUUAUCCACCAGGUUACAGGAUGAAGAUGAUGUCCAGCAUCCUGCUGCUCCUCAUCCUCAGCUCAUGUCUCUGUGCAGCAACAUUUGUAGUGAAUGUGACACAGAGCAGCUAUCAGGCAGAGGAGAAGCAGAACAUCACUCUGGAGUGGACCUUCACCACCAAGACUCAGGGAACCUGGAGGCAACUGUUCAUCUACUGCAUUUUGUUAACUCUUAGAAAAGAACGAGUUCUCUAUCAGGUCCAUAAUGGACUUGAGAUUUCAGAGUCUCAGGAUGAUCAGUUUUCAGGACGAGUCCAGAGCGACAAAAACGUCCUCAGAGAAGGACGAAUCAGACUCCAUGUGUCCAGACUGAGGACUGAAGACUCUGGUCUGUAUCUGUGCAACGUGAAAACUGGAGAUGGAUUCAACAAAGCAGAUUGUCGACUCAACAUUCAUAAAAACAUCUCAGCUGUUCCUGGACAGAAAGUCUCCCUGCCAUGCCGACUCCCCAACAACAAACCUGUUGUGUUUGUGAAGUGGACCCGUCCGGAGCUGGAACCAGAAUAUGUCCUCCGGUUCAGAGAUGAGCAGCUGGAUCCAGAGAACCAGCAUCCAUCUUUUAGGAACCGGGUGGAUCUGCAGGACAGACGGAUGGAGGACGGAGACGUGACUUUGCUUCUGAGCAACGUGAAAACCAGCGACACAGGAAAAUACGAGUGUCGAGUUUUACAGAGAGAAGCAACCGGAAGAAAGAUAUACAAUUUGACCUCUGACCCCAUUGGGAUCGUCUUCCUGGUUGUGGCGCCUCCUACAGGUGAAAAUGUCUUUAGAGUCUCUGUGUGGCUGCGGCUAAUCUGA